AUGGCUGGCUCGUGGCCCGCAGAGGAGCCAGGGAGGAAGCGAUGGGCUCCAACCUUUCCAGCCUCCCGAGAUAUGAGACAAGACGAGACUGGAAGGAAAAGCAAGCUACAAGUGCUGUGCGAGUACGUACACAAGGGGACUCAACAACAAAGACGGCCAGACGGCGGCGACGCCGGCGCGGCGGGGAGGGCUGUGCCCGAGAGACAUGGGCGACGAGACAUUUGCAGACAAUGGGAUGGUACCAUACCCAAGCCCGACGACGGACGUGUAGGUGCUCGAAUGGUGGUGGAAGGGGGACGGGCGGACAGGCAACAAAUGAGGAACGGCCACAGCGGCCGGAUCGUUUCUCGGGCUUGUACCCAAGUCACCUGCCUACUCUUUUCACCUGCUCGUAGGGACACACGCCGUAGCGAUAGGAUAUCGAUACCUGGUCGAAGCAGCUGGGGGACCCGGUGCCAUCCAUUCGCUGUUGCUGGUUACGGACACAGGCCGCCUGGCGGCUGGGCUGGCGCGGCUGGGUGGCCUGGUCAGGCAAGGCCCCGGCCCUCGGGGGAGGAGGAGGAGCAGGAGGAGAAAGGGAAAGGCGAGGGAGGGAGCGGAGGGAGGACUCGUUUGUACCCUGGCUUGGCCAGCCCGUUCCCCAUCACGGCAAGCCCACCGGGGGGCGGGCGAGGCGAGACGAGGGCGGUUCGUUCACCCGCCCGGGGACAAGGACGGCGCGGCGGCGGCGGCGACGGCGGCGGCGACGUCGACAAGAGGAGGGACCCGACCGAGGACAGGGGACAGCAACCAACAAUGGAGGGCCACGCACAGGCGACAAGUACCAGCGAGGGACGCGAACACCAUUGGGACAGGCGCCGGCGUCGUCGCGCCUCUCUGCUCGGCCGGCCAGCCAGCGAUAAGGUAGGCAAGGCAAGGCCUGUCCUGGCACGGCUUCUCUAG